AUGGCUGGCCAAUGUGGUCCUCGCCCCCAAACCUCCCACCUGGAGGAUGUGCGUAGACUACACCGACCUCAACAAAGCCUGCCCAUGGACCCCUUUCCGUUACCAAAUAUCGAUCAGCUGGUGGAUGAAACGGCCGGCUGCGCCCUCAUGAGUUUCCUGGACGCCUUCUGGGGGUACUACCAGAUCUCCAUGCACGAGGACAACGAGGAGAAGACGGCUUUCACAACCCCGGAAGGGGUCUUCUGCUAUAGAGUCAUGGCCUUUGGGCUCAAAAACUCCGGGGCCACCUACACCAGGAUGGUCGCCAAGGUCUUCAAGCAGGUCCUCGCCCGCAACAUGGAGGCCUAUGUGGACGACAUGAUAGUCAAAAGUGCAGAGGCCGAUACCCACGUCAACGACCUAGACGAGGUAUUCUCCAUUAUGCAGCGUUAUGAUUUAAGGUUGAAUCCCAAGAAAUGCACUUUCGGGGUGCACGGGGGUAAGUUCCUGGGCUAUAUGGUCUCCAAGAUGGGCAUUGAGCCCAACCCCGACAAGGUGAGGGCCAUCCUGGAAAUGGAGCCUCCGCGGUCCCUCCGGCAGGUCCAACGCCUGAACGGUAGGCUAGCGGCCCUCAGCCGGUUCCUCUCGAGGUCGGCCAAGAAGUCCUUGCCCUUCUUCACGGUCCUCAAGAAGAGUUCGGGGUUCGAGUGGUCCCCCGAGUGCCAGAAGACCUUCGACGACCUCAAGGCCUACAUGAUGUCGUUACCCCUGCUCGCCAAACUCGUGAGAGGGGAGACCUUGUACCUGUACUUGGGUAUAUCACAAGCCGCAAUCAGCUCCGUGCUGGUCCGGGAUGACGAGGGUGUGCAACGCCCCGUCUACUAUACGAGUCGUGCCCUCCGGGGAGCCGAGCUCAGGUACUCUCCCACCGAGAAAGCCAUAUUCGCAGUUGACGUAACCGCAAAGAAACUCAAUCACUAUUUUCAGGCGCACCCCAUUCAUGUCUUAACAAACCAGCCCCUGGAGUCGGUGUUAAGGGCCUCGGGGUCGGCCAGCAGGUUGGUAAGGUGGUCUAUGCGCUUAAGCCAGUACAACAUCCAGUUCAAGCCAAGACCUGCUAUAAAAGGACAAGCACUUGCAGAUUUCAUAGUCGAGUGCACCGCCCGGGAGGCCAUCGAGCAGGCCCGAAGCGAGGAAGAGGAGUGGUGGACCCUAUCAACCGACGGGUCCUCGAGUGUCAAGGGGUGCGGGGGUGGGGUCGUCCUCGUAACCCCCGAGGGUUUCAGGGCCUACUACACGCUCCGUUUCCACUUCAAAUUGUCAAACAACGAGGCCGAGUACGAGGCCCUUCUCGGGGGUCUCCGGCUCGCGCUGAGUAUGAGGGCCGAGAAGCUGAAGAUAAGAUGUGAUUCCAGGCUCGUGGUAGGGCAAGUUACGGGGGAGUUUGAGGCCAACGAGGACAGGAUGAGGAGGUACCGUGACGUAGUGUUACAACUCUUGGUACAACUAGUCCACCACGAAGUCCUGCAAGUGCCAAGGGAACAGAACACGGACGCGGACAUACUCUCCAAACUCGGACAAGGGACCCCCGAACAUGUCUCCAAGAUCGCCCGGGUGGAGGACCUCGCGAGGUCUAGCCUCGAGGCCUACCCCGUCCUUCCCGCGCAGGUUUGUCCCGCCUGCUGGCUGGACCACCUCAAAGUGUACAAAGAGUCGCGCGCCCUGUCCCCCGAUGAAGCAGAAACCAAGCUCGUUCAACGGAGGGCCCCAACCUACCUACUCAUCGGGGACACACUCUACAAGCGAUCCUACAACGGCACCUUGUUGCGCUGCCUGUGCCCCGAGGAAGCAAGGGCAGUCAUGGAGGAAAUCCACGAGGGUACCUGCUCCGCCCACCAGGGGGCCUACACCAUGACCCGGAGGGCCAUCUUACAGGGCUACUUUUGGCCCCGGAUGGCCAAGGAGUGCGCGGACUAUGCAAGGAGCUGCCCAACCUGUCAACAAUUCCAGGUUGGCCCAGGUCGCCUAGCCACUAACUACACCCCGAUCAGUUCAGUCAUCCCGUUCUCCCGGUGGGGGGUCGACCUGGUCGGGGCCCUCCCGAUGGGAUCGGGCAAGAGGAAGUACCUGAUAGUAGCAGUGGACUACUUCACUAAGUGGGUAGAAGCCGAACCCCUAGCCAGCAUCACAAGUGCCCGGUGCAAACAGUUCAUCUACAAGAACAUCCUGUGUCGCUUUGGGGUCCCAAUGCAUAUCAUCACGGACAACGGGCGCCAGUUCGAGAGAAAGGAGUUCAGUGAGUUUUGUGCCCAAUGGCACAUAACGCAUACCCGUGUAGCCGUCUCCUAUCCCCAGGCCAACGACCAAGUCGAAAAUGUCAACCGCACUAUUGUGGAUGGGCUCCAGAAGAAUCUAGAAUCAGCCAAGGGCGCAUGGGUGGAGGAGUUGGAUGUCGUCCUCUGGACCUACCGCACCACCCCGAGGAGGGCCACCGAGGAGACUCCAUUCUCAUUAUCUUACGGCUUUGAAGCCCGGGCCCCCGUAGAGGUCGCCAUACCCCCCUAUCGGGCCCAGGUGUACGACCCCGACAUGAACGAGGACAACCACAAGAUCGAGCUCCACCUUAUCGACGAGAAGAGGGAGACUGCGGCCACCCGCGCCGAAAACUACCAGCGCCAGGCCAAAGCCUACCAUGACAAGCGAGUCCGACCCCGUUAUUUCCAGGCCGGCGACUACGUUCUGAGGAGGCGCGAAGCAAGUCAGCCCCUCGAGGGAGGCAAGUUCGCUAAGAGAUGGGAGGGCCCGUACAUAGUCACAGCCGUGGUCCGUCCCGGCAGCUAUAAACUCAAAACUCCGAAAGUCAAGACGAUAGAUAGGGUGUGGAACUCUGAGCACCUGCUCAAGUACUUUCAGUGA